GGGGGCGGGGCGGAGGUGGGCGUGUGGUACAGCUGAUGCACGCAGCCGCCGCUGCGUCCAUCACCCGAUCGCUACCACGGGAGAUAACAGCAGCAUCCGCCACGACCCUCACAGCGCCGCCGUAGCUGCCGCGCAGACCCAGCAAGCGAGCCGGACAAAGAGGAGUCGGCAGGCUCGCCGCAAACACACCCCGGGGUCGUUUGGAGUCACACGCCACUGACGGCGGUGCCGCAAACAUGUGUUUGCCCAUCAGCUGGCGCCCCCCUUGUGCCUGCGAUGGCCGCCGUGGGUUGCGGGGAGCCGAGUAAGUGAGGCGUCUCCCUCAGGAUGGGCAGCGUGGGCAGCGGAGUGGCAGGCGAGCAGGAGUUCGCCAUGAAGAGCGUGGGCACUCGCACCACGCUGCCGCGGGCCCCGCCCCCCACACGCCGUGGCCCCAGCGGCCGGAGCUGCAGCACAGAGAGGCCCCCGCCUCCCCCCUCUGAGAGCACCGCCUCCAGCGACGAGCGCGGCGGGAGCGCCGACCGACCCCCGCUCGCCGGCUCCGACAGCGCCGUCUCCGAGAGCGACCGUGCCAACUCCAACUGUGAGCGGCAGGUGGCCAACGCCGUGUUCCUCAACGGGGCAGGACGGAGGGAGGGGCCCUGGGCGGGCGCCAGCCUGGACGCCUGUGGGAACAACGCCCCCGCCCAUGGGCCCACACAGUACAGGGGCAACAGUGGGAGCAAACCGGACAACCCCAACCCCCCCAAAAUACUGCCCGUGUCUGGGAAGCUGGAGCAGCAGAACAACAGCGGCCUGGUGCGUCCCUCCGCCUUCAAACCCGUGGUGCCCAAGAGCUUCCACUCCAUGCAGAACCUCGUAGGGCAGGCCGGAGGUGGCGCUGUGGGGGGGCGGGGCGUGGGGGCCAGCGGGGGACCCAGUGCUGCAGGGAGCCAGCAGAGCAGCGACAGCCCCAGUGGAGGCCGGAGUGGCCAGGGGGCGCUGUCGGACUCGGGGAGGAACUCUCUGACCAGCCUGCCCACGUACACGGGCUCAGGCUCAGCAUGCGGCCCUUCACAGGCGCUGGGGCCCCUCAGCGCCUCCACGAGCCACAUCAACCGGCUGGGCACGGCCGGCGCCAAUCUGGAUCGCCUGGAGAAGCCGGGCUACCAGAACGGGCUCAGUGCCUCCGACAGUGGACGCUCUUCCUCAGGCAAGAGCUCCUCCUCCUACCAGAGGCUCAGCCACCUGAGCGACGCCCCCCAGGCUCUCCGACCCUCCCCCUCCUCCGAUGACAUCAUCCAGGAUCUGGAAGAUAGACUCUGGGAGAAGGAACAGGAGGUGUUGCACAUGCGCCGGAACCUGGACCAGAGUGAGGCGGCCAUCGUGCAGGUGUUCGAGGAGAAGCAGCGUGUGUGGGAGCGUGAGAUGGAGGAGCUGCGGCAGAACUACGCCGGCCGGCUGCAGCAGGUGACACGUCGCGCCCAGCGCACGCAGCAGGCCCUGCAGACGCAGAUUGCACGGCUGCAGCAGGACAAGCGCCGGCUGCAGGACGACCUCACUGCCCUGCUGUCUCACCGCGAGGAGCUAGAGAGGAAGUGCCUGGACUACAGGAAGGAGCAAGCCGACAUCCUGCCUCGCCUGGAAGAAACCAAGUGGGAGGUGUGCCAGAAGUCUGGGGAGAUCUCACUGCUGAAGCAGCAGCUCCGGGAAAGCCAGGGCGAGGUGACCCAGCGCGCGGGAGAGAUGGUGGCCCUACGGGGCCAGCUGAAGGAGCUCAACGUGCAGCUGAAGGAGAAGGAGGAGAUCGUGAUGAGCCUGAAGGACUCCUACUGCAGCAAAAGCCUGGAGCUGGAGCGGUGUGAGGGCGAGCUACAGAAGACACUGGCGGAGGUUGCCAUGUUGAGGGAGAAACUGGGUGUGUUCGAGGCUGAGGUACUUGGGCUGAAGCAGGCCCUGGGGGAGCUGAGCGAGGGCCGGGGCGGGGGAGCCACGUGGGGGGCAUCGCCCUUACCUCAUGGGCCCCCUGAACCGGCGCCGGCACCCGCCCCCCCACCUGAGACGCUGCUGAGCCUGCAGAGCGACGAGGCCAAGGUGCAGCGACAGGAGGCGGACGACCUACGGCGGCAGCUGGAGCGCCUGCAGGGGGAGCUGCGGUUAGAGCGGCAGCAGCGCGAGCGCCAGGCCCUCACCUUCGCCCAGGAGCGCCACACCUGGCAGGGUGAGAAGGAGCGUGUGCUGCAGUACCAAGCGCAGCUGCAGCUCAGCUAUGUGGAGAUGCUGCAAAAGAACCAAGCCUUGGAGCAGCGUGUCGGCCAGCUCUCGUCCAAGCUGUCGCCGGCCCCGUCGCCGGCCACGCCCCCCUCGCAAGCCCUGCCCGUAGCCACGCCCCCGAGUGAGGAGCUGAAACCGCCGCCACUGCACCAGCUGGCGCCACCCUGGUCAGGACCCACCCGUUUGGAGAGGAUCGAAUCCACUGAGAUUUAACGCAGAUCAGGCAACACGAUACAUCAUCACAAAGAGACCAUGAUGCCCAGUACAGCAGCAGAAAAACACCGCUAUCCACAUUGUUCAACAAAGUACAGUCCAGCUUCUUCUCCGUACCACCCUCCCCCAGUCUUCCCAGGAGCUCCCAGUAACACUUUAGACAUCAGAGGCUGGAGAAAGGGGCUGGGGGAGGAGGAUGUUUCCCAUUGGACAUCACUAGACGAGGAUAUGCACAGCGGAGGUCUAGGCAGAGAUGAUCCACGCACCAGCUGACAGCUCAAGCACACGACCUGCCGAGACACUCGCUGACUCGUUCAGAUUCCCAGACUGACACACGCUGCUCGCGUUGGUGUGGGGAAUCCCCCAAGAGCUUUGGGUGUGGGGGGCACACGGUUCUCACUCACAGAUGGGACUGGAGAGCAGUUGUUGGGAAGCCCCCACACCCCCCCCACCCAAGCAAAGAGUAAGGGGAUCUAGGGAUCGUGGUAAAGGGGUGGAAGUGACAGCAGGCUAAUAGAGAAAGGGAGAGUGGGGGAGAGAGCGAGUGAGGGACCGAUGGGUUGUGUGUGUGUGUUUGUAGAUGUGGGUAAAGCAAGACUAAAGGACGUGUUAGCAUCUCUCGGUGGAAAAGGAACAGUUGCGUUUGGAAGCCUGCAUCAGGAAAACGGCAGAGAUGUUUCCGGGUGUUAGUGUACAAGGAAGGAGGCAGACUGGGAUAAUUCAGGGAAAAAAUACCUUUUUUAAAAGAGAAAGGUAGAGGAAAUGUUUUUUUCCCCUGAGAAAGUACAAAGGGUAAUGUUUUCCUGGGUGAUAUGGAUGCAUUUGUGGGUAGAGAGGUCUGGCUUUUCGGUGUUGUUGGAGACUGUCAUGACUAAAAACGGACACCAGAGAGCGACACAGUAACAAUUCAGGGUUACCCACUCUCAGAUGAAGUACUUGAAAAUGAUUCUUGCAUUUCUUUGUUUUUGGGCAGUGAACACAACACACAAAGUGUUUGUCAUUAACUAGUUGUUUAGUAGCUGGAACUUACUAGGUGUUUCUCUGGGUAAAGAAAGUGUUGGGUACCUGGACGAGGGCCUGUCAGUGACGUUGCUGCUAUGACUCAAUAUCGGCGUCGAGCAGAUAGCAUCUGAGACCAAGGCUUGAAUGAUCAGUGGUGUUACCGGAAGGCAUGUUUUGGCGUGUUGACGUGGAGCCUGGCAAUGAAAGUCUCCUACGUAGUAACACAGAUCAUGGAAUAAUAUGGUAAAAGAAGGAUUCAUUUGGAAUAGGACGACGGAGUUGGCUCUUUGCGUAUGCCUGUGUGUGUCUGUGUGUCCUUUUUGUUGUAUGCAGACAGCCCAGCACUAUGAGACAAAAUUCUGGAAGACAAUGAACCGGAUGAAUAUACUUACAAUGAAGGGUUGCAGCUGGAGGUCAGUAUUUGGGGAAGAUGUUAUAACACAGUGUUAUGUAACACAGUGCUGUUAAUAGUGCUGUUUAACACAAAUCAUACAUUUUUCCCUUGAAGUGGAUAAUUUCAUAACAUAAGGAUUCCUAUAAAAGAAAAAAACUACAAAACCAUUGUUUUGUAAAAUAGCUAAAUAAUUUAUAAUUGGUUGUGUGCAGAAUACAAGGAUUGCAAUUAGCUGUGUUGAGUCAGGCUGCCCGUUACUAUACUGUAAACUGGAAACACAAGGUGGAGAUGUGGAGCAAAGCUGAUACAGUAAGAUAUUUUAUUUCUCCCAGAAUAAAGCCAAUUCUGUUAUAUUUUGCAAAGAUUGUCUAAAAUCUUUGAUACUUCUUAAAAAAAAUUAUAAAACAGUAAUUUAUAAAAAUUACCAUCAGUGAUUAGUGAGGAAAAAAAACAACUGACUAUCGCUAAAGAUCACUGUUUCAAAAUGAACAGGUAGACGAUAUAUAACCUUUACUGUGCCAGCGAUGGCUGUAGUGUUCUCAGAACCUCCACGAUACUAAUUGUAACACCUACGAUCACAUUACUCACCACGCUGUUUUGAUGUACUUUGAAUUUGUAGUAAACAUUUUAUAUUGUGACAGAUUAGUGCAUUUUGCAAGGGAUGACAACAUUCUCCGACAGCACAGUGAUUUCAACAGUUGUGUUAAAUGUUUGAGAACUGGAUUAAUCUUUUAAUAAAUCCGUUUGAUCAAACUGAAAAAUGUCGUGAAAUAAACCGUAUUUUUCAGAAUUGGGUUUACAAUGCUGGAACCCUCUAGACUCUAGACUAUAAUCUAUCUUUAAUCUCUUAAACCUUUCAGUAAACUCAUUAUUUUGGUUAGUUACCCUGAUGUUCCAGGUAUUAACAAAUUGCUCUGAAAGGUAACUCAAUAAUCUUUAAGCUCUGGCUUUUCAUGCCUCUGAUGGACAUGGACUGCAGUUAUUUCUCAGCUGUGAUAUUAAUGGAACACCGUUUAUGCUAGCUUUCGUGCUAGCAGAAGUAUAAAUUAAUUAGACCUGAUUGAGCUUCUAGCCAUGUCAAAUCGAGUGCAUUAUUCCCAAUGAUGUCAGACUGAAUUUUAAUUAGUGGAGUGACUGUAAUGAAGAAAAUACGAUUCAAUCAGAUAAAAAUAUAUUUUAAUAUAAAAUAUUUUGUGUAUUUUUGCAAUUAAAUAAAUAUGGUAUUAAUUAUUUCAAUUCAUAAAUGCCUACUUAUAAUUAAGUAGCCACACAAACAAUUAACAACUUCAAGCAUUGAUUAUUCUUAAGUUAUAAUUUAAGUUCAGCACUAUUUCUCCCCUAAGGGUCAAAAUAGACAAGCUUUAGUAAUGGAAACAUAGUUUCCUUUUUAGUAAAAACACCCAUAACAGCUGUUUUGUAAAAGCACCUGUAGCUUAAAACUCUCGAUAUGUGAUGUCACUGUUUUAUAACAAUUGAAUCAAGCAUAAGUAAUGAAAUGUAGGUUAAACAAAAAAGCCACAAUAUUCAGUAUGCCGUCAGGGCUGAGAAAUCCCAGUGCAAUUAUUUUAUUGCAAUUUGUGUUUUUAUCGUACUGAGUCUGUCAGUACAUUAUAUCCACCUAAUAAGCAUCCAAACAUUCAGGGAAAUUUGGGCUGUCUACAUAUUUUUUUUGAGAUUUUUUUGAAUUAUGUGAGCACAUAAGCAACAGGUAUACAGAGAUAGACAACGUCGGUAGGCAGGAGACUGAAGAAGGGGGGGGGGGGGCGUGUCUGUUGUGUGCGUGUGUGCGGAGGUUGGCGGAGCCUGCGUGAAACACACUGAUGUCAGGAGAACAGGAUACACAGUUUGCUGACUAGUACUGCUACAGUGUCCUGCUGCGUUCUUGGUAGACAGAGAGGUGGUGCAGUUAGCUGUAAAUAUCAUUGGUAUUUAUGUGUACAUACUUAUUCCAGUAUACAAAAAUAUUGUGUGUGAAUACUUCAAGAGCAUUAUUCUAAUUUUUUUUAUCGUGAAUCCAUUUCAUACGUUUCAGCUUUUAUUUAUUUUUAACUGUAUGAAAAUAAAUACAAAUAUAUUUACACUGAAUCUACAACAUGGUACAGCAGAAACAAACAUAUCCAAAAUCCUUACCUGAUUAUUUCCUUUUGUUCUUACUCUUACAAAUGAAAUAUUGUGACACGCAAGAAAACGGAACACUACCAAUAAUUUUUAAAUAUCUUUUUUUUUAAUUAUUAUUUUUACCUAUGUUCUUGUAAUAGCUUGAUCUAAAGUAUCCUUUAGCAGAUGU